AUGUGGAAUAAGCAAGCGUUUAUUCAGUUACUAAUACUAAACGAGCUGGUGAAGUCACCCCAGGAGCGCCUCGAAUGGAUAUUUUGGGCCGAUCGCGAUACUGUUAUACUCGAUUACUGUCGCAGUCCUGCAUCCUUUAUUGCCGAAGAAAUACGAAGCAAUAAUGAAACCACAGAUACUACGCAAGGUCCAGACAUCAACUUGCUUAUAACAAAUGACCACAACGGCCUUAUGGCAGGCGUCUUUAUUAUACGCGUAUGCGAAUGGAGCGUCAAGUUUCUAAGCGACGUACUUGCAUUCCGAACUUUUAGGCCUGGUGUUGAUCUUCCAUACCACGAGCAGACUGCGAUGGAGAUCCUCCUUAAAGAGGAUAAAUAUAAAGAGAAUGUGGCAUAUAUUCCACAGCAUUGGAUCAACAAUUACAGAGGGGAUACUGCUGAGGACUUUGUAAAUCGCUCAGACGCAAGUGAUAUGGCGUAUUGGGUAGCUCGACGCGGCGACUUUGCGUUGCACUUUGCAGGAUCUGGUAAUAAGAGUGGAAAUAUUAUGGAAUACGCUGGUGUAGGAGAGGAGGUAUUUGAUGCUAUACAUGGAGGUAGUAUCUUGCGUAAUAUAAGCAUGGAUAUUGAGGAAUUUUGGGGAACGUAUAAAAAGACUUGA